UUCCAGCCUUCCACUCUCCUGCAGCGCCAAGCCGGCUCCCCAACGCAAUCUGCUGAACGCAAACCACUGAGAGUUUGCUGCGCAGCUCCCUGGGGUCCGGGGCCGCCGAGUCCCGUUAAGGCAGAGACACCGGCAGAGCGAGCGAGCGAUCGGGCUCAGCGGAAGACAAACACGCGGGCACGCGAAGGGGAGCCCCAGGAGGGCAGCCGGGUGGCAAGGCUUGGCAGGCGACUGUCACUGCGUCCCGGGUCGCCUCUCCCUCGUCGGACUGAGCGAGGAAGCGCUCUUCUUAAAGUUCUAGACCGCAGGAGGCGGCUUCCCCUUCAGUCCCCUCCUCGCCGCGCUCCAGGAAAAGGAACUUGAUCUACUGGCAGGCUCGAGCCGCCCGCUGAACGUGAGAGGGGAUAGUGCCACGGGCCCCGGGUCUGGGAGCCGAGAGAGGGAGCUUCGAGCUAGGCUGCAGGCGGAGGGCACCGGGCAGCGGCCAGGGACCCCGAUGCCGGCGGCCAACAUGAUGGAGAACCUGCAGCUGCCCGCCCUGCAGGUGCCAGAGCCUCAGGGCGCGCCCGAGGGCAGCGCGGUGUGGUCCAGCUCGUCCACCCCCACGCUCCGCCGCCGGCGCUUUAAGAUGCGCCGGAUGAAGAACGUGCAAGAGCAGAGCCUGGAGGCGGGGCUGGUAGCCCCGGACCUACCCGGCGUCUUGUCCCCCGGCAAGGAGUUCCUGCAACUGCCGUCCAUUGAGAUUACGCCCUCCAGCGACGAGGACACCCCGUGGUCCAACUGCUCCACACCAAGCGCGUCCCCGCGCCGAAAACGCUUCCUGCUCCGCAAGUGGCUGAGGGUGAGGGAGCGGAAGGAGUGCAGUGAGAGCAGCAGUCAGCAAAGCAGUCAACAGAGCAGCCACGACGAUGAUUCGAGCAGGUUCCUGAGUCCUCGUGUGCGGGAAGAAAGCACUGCCAGUAACUCCAACCGCAGCACGCCAGCCUGCUCUCCCAUCCUUCGGAAGCGGUCCCGCUCACCAACACCACAGAACCAGGACGGAGACACCAUGGUGGAGAAGGGUUCAGAUCACUCCUCGGACAAGUCCCCAUCCACCCCGGAGCAGGGUGUGCAACGCAGUUGCUCCUCACAAUCUGGUCGAAGCGGUGGUAAAAACUCCAAGAAAAGCCAGAGUUGGUACAAUGUGCUAAGCCCCACUUACAAGCAGAGAAAUGAAGACUUCAGAAAGCUCUUUAAGCAACUUCCAGACACGGAGCGCCUCAUUGUUGAUUACUCUUGUGCACUCCAAAGAGACAUUCUUCUUCAGGGCCGGCUCUACCUCUCAGAAAACUGGAUCUGCUUCUAUAGCAACAUCUUCCGCUGGGAAACUCUGCUGACAGUCCGUUUGAAAGAUAUCUGCUCCAUGACUAAAGAGAAAACAGCUCGCCUCAUUCCCAAUGCCAUCCAAGUCUGCACUGAUUCAGAAAAGCACUUUUUUACUUCAUUUGGAGCCCGGGAUAGGACGUACAUGAUGAUGUUCCGACUCUGGCAGAAUGCUCUCCUGGAAAAGCCCCUAUGUCCCAAGGAGCUCUGGCACUUUGUCCACCAGUGCUACGGGAACGAGCUGGGCCUAACCAGUGAUGAUGAGGACUACGUGCCUCCAGAUGAUGACUUCAACACAAUGGGCUACUGUGAGGAGAUCCCCAUAGAAGAGAAUGAAGUGAAUGACAGCUCAUCCAAAAGCAGCAUAGAGACCAAGCCGGAUGCCAGCCCACAGCUGCCCAAGAAGUCUAUCACCAAUAGCACACUGACGUCAACGGGAAGCAGUGAAGCCCCCGUCUCGUUCGAUGGCUUGCCGUUGGAAGAGGAGGUAAUGGAGGGUGAUGGGCCCCUAGAGAAGGAGCUUGCCAUUGACAACAUCAUAGGGGAGAAGAUUGAGAUCAUUGCACCGGUGACCUCCCCUUCACUGGACUUCAAUGACAAUGAGGACAUCCCCACAGAGCUCAGUGAUUCCUCAGAUACCCACGAUGAAGGAGAGGUCCAGGCCUUCUAUGAGGAUCUGAGUGGAAGACAGUAUGUGAAUGAGGUCUUCAACUUCAGCGUGGACAAACUCUAUGACCUGCUGUUCACCAACUCACCCUUCCUGCGGGACUUCAUGGAGCAGCGGCGAUUCUGUGAUAUCAUCUUCCAUCCAUGGAAAAAGGAGGAAAAUGGAAACCAGAGUCGAGUGAUUCUCUACACUAUCACCCUCACCAAUCCUCUGGCUCCCAAGACGGCCACUGUCAGGGAGACACAGACCAUGUACAAAGCAAGUCAGGAGAGCGAAUGCUACGUGAUAGAUGCUGAGGUCCUCACCCAUGAUGUGCCAUACCAUGACUACUUCUACACCAUCAAUCGCUACACGCUCACCAGAGUGGCCCGGAACAAGAGCAGACUCAGGGUUUCCACAGAGCUCCGCUAUCGAAAACAGCCCUGGGGGUUUGUCAAAACUUUCAUCGAGAAGAACUUCUGGAGUGGACUGGAGGACUACUUCCGCCAUUUAGAGACUGAGCUAACCAAAACAGAGAGCACCUACUUGGCUGAGAUACACAGGCAGUCCCCCAAGGAGAAGGCCAACAAGUCUUCAGCAGUCCGGAGGAGGAAGCGUCCCCAUGCCCACCUGCGGGUACCUCACCUGGAAGAGGUGAUGAGUCCUGUCACCACCCCCACUGAUGAAGAUGUGGGCCACAGGAUCAAGCACGUGGCAGGAUCCACGCAGACACGGCAUAUCCCGGAGGACACUCCUGAUGGUUUUCACCUACAAAGUGUGUCCAAGCUGCUGCUGGUUAUCAGCUGUGUUCUGGUGCUGCUGGUCAUCCUUAACACGAUGCUCUUUUACAAGCUGUGGAUGCUGGAAUAUACCACACAGACCCUCACUGCCUGGCAGGGUCUCAGGCUCCAGGAAAGGUUGCCCCAGUCUCAGACAGAAUGGGCCCAGCUAUUAGAAUCCCAACAGAAGUACCACGACACCGAGCUCCAGAAGUGGAGGGAAAUCAUCAAAUCCUCGGUGAUGCUCCUUGACCAGAUGAAGGACUCGCUUAUCAACCUUCAGAAUGGUAUCAGGUCCCGAGACUACACAGCUGAGAGCGACGAGAAGAGGAACCGCUAUCAUUGACAAGGCAGGACCAGGGGUGGCUACAAGACGCCUGUGCAAUACAUGUACAUAGAUCCUAUAAAUAUAUAUAAAUAUAUAUAUAUAUAUACAGAUUAUAAAUAUAUAUUAUAUACAGAUUUUAAAAAAAAAGAGAUAAUGCCUAUGGACCAGGGAGAAGGAGCGGGAACUCCCGCCCCCUGUGCCGGCCAGAGCAGCGUUUUCCCUCCACUGUGGAGGUACUGAGGAGGGCAGGGACCACCUCUCAGCACCAACCUCCCCUGAUCCUCCUCCCAUCAUUUUUGUUCCUCAUUCCUUCCCUUGCUGGCCAUUCUUGGCCCUUAGAAGGGAAAUGUGGCUGAGCCAAAGUUUAUGCCUGUGAAGACCUUGGUUGUCUUCGAUGUCGUUUCAAGAAGGCAUUGCUUAAGGUGCUUCAUUUCCUAACCCCCCUCUUAAUUUGUCUCUAUAAUAAAAGAGAACCUGUUCUCCCCCCCUCCGUCCCCCUCCCACCCAGUGCUUCCCCAGGCCUUCCCUUGGGAACAGGAAGAAUGGAGCAGGCAGGAGCCACAUUCAAAGUCCCCCAGGAGGCCAUCGGUUAGGACCACACUGAAAUCCAGUACUGUGACAGAGGCUGCAUUUGUGGGCCUGGGCUGUGGGGUUGCAGGCUCCUGAGCUCUGGCAUCUGAAGGGAAUUCUUCCUCAGCCACCCCCCACACCUUCUUCUGACCUGAGUAGGUUGUGGACCCUAUAAGGGCUGGGAAUUCCUAAGUCACCCACUCCCUUUCUUUCUGGUCUUCUCCCAGGCUGGAUCUGGGGGAAGGGUCACUUUGUAGUGCCUAAAAUCCUGUUGUUUCUGUGUGCCCUAAGAGCACAUUGUUUCUUAGCCAGGGUGGAGCCUUUAUGACCUUGUUUCAAAAAAAAAAACAAAAAACAAAAAACAAAAAACAAUAACCUCUCUUAGUGGAAGCAAGUCAGGUCUGUGGCUCUAAUUCUUUCUCUUUGAUCUGUGAGUUUGAUGUCCAGGAUAAGACAGGGUAUCUAGUCCCUCAGGCCUUUGGGAGACAGAGAAUGAUCUAGAAACAUGGGUUGCAGGGCUUGCCCAGAAUCCUGUGUGAGUAGUGAGCAUAGUAACCGAGCCACUUAGAGGGCUAACAGCAUCAUUAACUCUUGGUAAGGAACCAGCAUUAGAAACAGAGGCAGCGUUGUGCCACUGUGUGUCACUAGAGGGAGAAUUUGGCAUAGAUGUGUAGGUUUGGUCAGGCCAAAUGGAACCUGGCCCCCACAGAGGCCACCUACAUUCUGUUUCUCAGGUUUGGUAGUGGUUUUCUGAAGGUAUGUGUACAAAUCUCUGGAUAGUCUUUGGCCCCCCUGAGAUAGAAAGCCACCAGGAAAUAAAAAGCAGAUACUACUUUGGGAAGUUGAACCAUCCAGGGUCUUCUUAAUGUUAGCCUAUCAGGACUUAGGUUUUAUCUGAUCUCAAGAGACUUUGCCUUCUGGGCAAAUUCAUCACCCUUCCUUACAAGUGUCUACUGUUCUUCCUUCUGGUUCAAGGAAUCCUGCCAGUUCCCAGCAGAGCGCUUGGAGAUCCAUGGUAGUAAAGAUUGCUGCCAGGUUGGCAUAAAAGCUUCUUUAAGUUUACUGCUUCUCCCAGGCUCCUGAAGAAGCCAACCUGGGUUUCCCAGAGCCUCAGUACAAAGGAAGCAAGAUGGCUCUGAUUAGCUACACCAGAGAAAAAGUUACGUUCUCCUCUUAGAAUUGUCCAAACAUUCCAUUUUGGGCAGUGAAAGAAAGGCAUUGAUGCUGCAUUGCCCUGGAGAAACAGGUGUUGGUAUUUCUUGAAGAGCAAAAUCAAAACAACUAGGCUUUAUUUCCAGAUCAUCAUCUGAUGGGGGGAGGAAAAAGCUCCUGUGGUUAGCAUUGCUAGCACUCUUCUGGGAAAGCAGGGGUGAGGAAUAGAUUAAUUUAUUCCUCUGGAGUGGACAAGGUCCAAAGACCACUUGAUUGUCACUUGGUUGUUUUGAGAGAUGCUGGUGACAGUCAAGUCCCAAGUCAAAGAAGGGAGGAUGCUCCAGGCUGCUAGGCAGUUUCUUCUUGGGAUAACCAGAAGCCAGAAGCAUUCCCAGAAAGUUUUUGAAAGCAAAACUGGCAAUUCUCAGAUUUAUUGCAUAUGUAGUUAUUUACUAAGUUUAAUUGUUAAGGUAUCCAUGGAUCUUUUAAAAAUUAUUUCAAAGGUGUUCACUGGGGGAGGGGUGGGAGUUGGGGGACAAAAUAAAGUAACAGAAGUGGCCCUAACCACCGAGAACUGCUGUUCUUUGGCCCACAGUAUCAUUUAGAAGAGGAGAGCACCUAAUUUGUUAGAGAAAGCCUCCUGUCUUCUAGUGAACCCAGAUGAUAUGUAUAUAUAAAGAAUAGUCCCCAAGAAUGAUGGCUUUCUUGUGAGUUCCUUCUGUCUUAGCAUUAGCCUGGGUUUUUUAACACCUGGAAGAAACCAAUGUAUCAGUUUAUUCUCAAAACGAAAUCUUUCUUCCCCUUUGCCCAUACUUUGUGAAAGUACUGAGAAUUCACCUCUGCAGCCAAAGUAAGUGCCCUGGACAGUAGCCUGGCAGGAAGCUAACUGUCUACAGGAGGGCAUGGAAGCUGGCUGGCCUUAGGUUUCUUCUCCCAGCCAGCAGGUUUGUUACUGUAGAUGUACGCAUAGUUUGACCUUUCAGUUAGGAUUUGUGUUGCAAGAUAUUUGAGACUGAACUAUGAGAGAUCUGGCCUUGAGUCCCGAGCAUGUUACUGAAAAGCCACGUGGCUUCGGAUAAGUCCCUGACACUGAGCUUCAAGAUCCAAGUGUAACAGGACAGGGUUGAAAUAAAUGACCUGUAAUGUGGGAUCUAGGCUUGACCUUGAUUUGGAAGUUAGCCUAGAGAUGAAUGAGAUGGGGAGUUUCCAGUCUUGGAAGAUGUCCUGCCAGGGCAGAUAGACUUUGUUCUUGGCGAGGUGGUCUUGGGGCUCCCGGUGGCUGGGAUAAUCUUGCUUGGCAUGAGCACAAGAGCACGCUCCUUCCUUCUUUGGCAUAGUUUCACAUGGGAAUUGGUUUAUGCUUAGAAGAUAACGGCAAGAAGAGUAUCCUUUCGGACCGAGCCCAUCUUCCAUCUUCAGGCACACUGUGAAUCCUUUCUACUGUCCAUGCUCCUCACCGAUGGAGGAGGCAAUGGGAAGAAGCCAUUCCCUGGUCUAGAACUUCUGUUUUUCCUCAGCCAAACCCCUGUCACAGUUUGAAUAAAUGAUAAAACCAUUGCUAAAAUCCUUGGCUUGUGUUAGGGCACUGGCAUCAAGGAGUGAGGAGCACCAGGGAGGAACCUCAAGAGGAAUUUGCCACAAGUGGAUUCUCUGCUUGUCCAUAGCCCCUCACCUGUGCUGGCCUCUACUACACAUAGACAGCAUCUGUAGGAUGAGGUGUUGGGGAAAUGACUGGCAAGGAGAAGACUCUUUCUGGAGUAUUUGUUCUCCCAGUAGGGUCCUUUCUGUGCCCUACUAUCCCAUUUACUUAGCUCUGCAGGGCAGCCAAAGCCAGCCCUGGUCGUUAGGGCCAAGGAGAAAUAGCAAUCUUCUCUCUUCCCCCAGGUGGCAGGGCUGUGAUGGCCCUUCCUACACACCUGGACUCUGCCUACCCACUCCAGGACACUCUCCCUCCCCCCAACCCCAUCCCCAUCUCCAGGCUAUGGGGCAAUCAUUUCCAUUUUUCCUUUGCCAUCCUUGACCUUCGUCCACCCCACCCCCC